AUGACAAAUGUUGCAUGUUUAAAAGAGACUCCUUUAGGCACCUCAAGUCUUUACAAUGGGGAGAGAAGAUCGAAAACUGACGACAUUUUUCACGCAUUGGGAACAGUGGACGAAUUGAACUCUAGCAUCGGAAUUGCUCACCAUUACUGCAUAAGAGAUGACAACGGACUGGCCGAGAAUUUGACGGAGAUACAAUGCAGACUGAUUGAAAUUGGAUCAAACAUUGCCACCCCACGAAGUUCCUCCAAUGAAAGUAAAUUGUCCUACACCUCUUUUGAAGACGAGAAUGUUUCAAAGUUGGAAUCCUGGAUUGACCAUCUCGAUUCAAAACUUCCUUCUUUAAAGAAUUUCAUUUUACCUUCCGGCGGUGAAAGUGCCGUGUUCUUGCAUCAAUGCCGUUCGGUCUGUCGCAGGGCCGAACGUAUCACAGUACCACUGGUGGAGAAUGGUAUCGCUGAGAACACAGUUGGAAAAUAUUUGAACAGAUUAAGCGAUUAUUUAUUUGUCGCAGCGAGGUAUGCCGCCAUGUCCGGAGGUUAUACUGAAAGUCUCUACAAGCAGAGGAGGGAGGACAGGUCAGGCGAGCUAGUGACAAGGGAUUUGAAAAACGACAAUUAG